UCUGUUAAUGUAAACACACAAUGGGAAAAACAAUAAACCCAAAUAAACAGAGAAAAUCAAAACAUGAAUCGUUACCUCCUUCUUGUGAUAUUUUCCCCGGGUCUCGUCUUCUUUUACUGCGAAUAUUUAAUCUACUUUUUCGUGCAGAGCUCGUGUGAUUGGCCAAAAUUACCUCAAAGCAAUCAAAGUCUACGAGCUUUAAUAUUAGCUGAUACCCAUCUUCUAGGACCUUAUAGAGGUCAUUGGUUUGAUAAGUUGAGAAGAGAAUGGCAGAUGUCUAUGAGUUGGUUGGCUGCAAACACCCUACAUUCCCCUGAUGUAGUAUUCUUUCUUGGUGAUAUCUUUGAUGAGGGUAAAUGGGCUAAUCAGAAGCAAUAUGAACAUUAUGUUGAGAGAUUCAAGCAGAUGUUUCCUGCCAACAGUCCUCAUCAUGUUUUAGUAGGAAAUCAUGAUGUUGGAUUCCAUUACAUGAUGGAUGGAAUAAAACUAAACAGGUUCUAUAAAACAUUCAACCUGUCAUCCUCUGACGUCCUCAGAUUGGGAGGCAUUACUUUUGUUACAAUUAAUAGCAUGGCAAUGGAAGGAGAUGGAUGCAGUAUCUGUAAAGAAGCUGAGAAAAGGAUAAAUUCCAUAGCAUCAAGUCUCAAAGAUAAUGAAAAACCAAUUCUACUCCAGCAUUUCCCUCUAUUUAGGAAAUCUGACGCGGUUUGUGAAGGCGAAGAUUCUAUGCCGGACGAAGAAAAACACACUGAAUUUCGCCCGAAAUUAGACUGCCUUUCCAGAACCUCAUCGAUUUGGUUGUUGAAAAGCCUAAAGCCACGGGUCGUUUUCUCUGGCCAUACUCACCAUAGUUGUGUUUAUAAUCACAGCGGUGUUACAGAGUUUUCAGUUCCAUCUUUUAGUUGGCGUAAUCGCAAUAAUCCGAGUUACUUUUUGGUUACAAUUUCUCCAGAUGAACAUGCAGUCUUCAAGUGCUUUAUGCCUCAAGAAUCCACCGUUAUCCGAGUCUACACGAUAUCCCUAUUGGUUUUUAUUUUAACCAGUCUGCUUCUUUGCUACCGACGAUAUCGUACGGGGCACAUCAAAAUGUUGUGAUUGCAUCCGUUGCAAUUUCCCUGAGUUUUUCCAUCACCAAUAUUUGGUAUUUAUUGGAGAAUACUUUAGAAUGAGUCUGUGCAGCAAUCUAGAAAAUAGAAAUACCUCUCAUAUAAAAUGUAACAUUACUGCCUUGAAAAACAAAACAAAAAAGAAAUCCUAAACCUUAUACCAUUUAUUGUCGAUGCGACACGGUCACCAUAAAAUAAAGUCAUCCGGUAAAUUUUAUUACCAAGACACUGGUGUCUGUAUGCGCCCUGCGGCCACCGAAUCAACUAAGAUACCAUCCUACUAUGAUUGAACACAGGCAUACGCCAUUGGCAUGUUUACUCGACUCCCUACGUGCGACACACUUUUUUUGACACAUUUUAUAUAAGUUAAAAUUGGGAUACGAUUUUGGGGAAGUGCAGUUUGACAUUAGGCAUGAUGGAGAGAAGAAACAAAACGGAAACCCACUUCUUGACACGAAGCCAUGAAUUGUAUUGGAGAAACAUGCAUUUUUGUAACACCAUAGCAUAUUCCUACAAAACAUCAGACAGUUAAACACUGACGAAACCAAAUUCUGGAUCAGAAUAACCGUUGCACAUUGUCAUCGGUCAACGUGCAACCGGUGCUUUGUUAUGCUUCUAAUCACACACACGAUUUUGGGCGUUUACAAGGAGACUGGAAGACACUGAACGCUUUACCACUUAAACACAGAUGUGUGAGAUCGUCUGACAUUUAGUUGAACUCCCUCUUGAACCACUGGUUAUUACGCAAAUCUGUCUCAGUUACAGAACUCAAAAGGUUAUGGAAGGGGAGCUUAAUCUACAACGGCACUUUGAAAUACAACAAUUUUCUUAACGAGUAACAAUGAAUUGGUUAUUGCCUACAAGACCAAAAAUUGAAUUAGGCUAACAACUCACAAAAACAUUUUUUUGGGGCUUCAAAACCAAAAUAUUUACCCUAUUUGUUACAUCUACUAAUAAAUCGUUUCGAAUAAAGUUCUUUUUAUUAUUUUUUUAACUUAGGCAAAUGAAAACCAGCAGAAGUAGAAAACUGAAUAAACAUAACAAUUCGUGAGAAACUCGUUUCCCUUCAUUAACGAAAUGCAAAUCAUUUGUUUCUUUUCGUUUACCAGUUCUUUUUCUCAACAAUACACGAUGUUUACUUCAAAGAAAUACAUUAUUCUAUCCCGGUUGAAAGUUAAGCAUUGCAUCAACUUGUCAUGCAGACAUACCUGAAAAAUGAAAACUUAUUCUUUUGACUGGACGAUCUCUAUAGGUGCUUGAAAGGAAAUGAAUGCAUUUGUAAAGAAGGUUAAAGAGAUUGCCAACUGAAGAAAGCGACGUUACAAGUGGAAUCGAAUUGAUCAAAGGCCUCUGCUUUGUUACGCUCCGCGGCACUUAAAGGUGUUGGGUCCCAGUUCGUGUUACACCGUGCAAAUUUGAGGAAAAAUUUUUCGGGCUAGGAUUUGCUAUACGCCAAUAUAGCAUGAGCUCAGGACUGGGUGAGGGGUGCUAACGUGCGGUUCAGAGUGCAAAGCUGAGUUU